AGUCUCAGCUAAAGCAGAAAGAAACCAUAAGCAGAUGAAGCUUGGGGUGAGUCGGGAAAAAAUCCAGAUGAGAAUUCAGAACAGAGAAAAAGAUCUGAAAGUUCUUCAGGAGGAGAUUGAGGCCAUCAAUUUCUCUGCAGAUAAAAUAGUGAACGACAGCAAAAAGAUCUUCACAGAACUAGUUUGUCUUGUUGAGAAAAUGAGCUCUGCUUUAAAUGAACAAAUCAGAUUCCGGCAGAAAGCUGAAGUUAAUCGAGUUACAGAGUUAAAGGAGAAACUGGAGCAGGAAAUUGCUGAGUUGUGGGUGAAGGAUGCGGAACUAGAGCUGCUCUCAAAUACUGAUGACCACAUCCAGUUUCUACUUAAUUACCCUUCACUGUCACAUUUAAGUGAGUCCACAGACUUGCCCAGCUCAGAUGUCCAUCCUCCCCUGUACUUUGAGCAUGUGACAGAGGCUUUGUCAGAGAUCAGAGGUAAGCUGGAAAAUGUUCUAAAUGAGGAAUGGCCAAAAAUCUCACUAAAAGUGACUGAAGUGGAUGUUUUACUGCCAAUCCCAGAGCCAGAGACAAGAGAAGAAUUCCUACAAUAUUCUCGUAAAAUCACGUUGGAGUCCCAGACUGUCAACCCGUGGAUAUCAUUAUCUGAAGGCAACACAAAAGCAACAGUGAUGAGAGAAAAGCAAAUAUAUGACUGUCACCCAGACAGAUUCACUCACUGGCUUCAAGGCCUCAGCAAAGAGAGUCUGACUGGGCGUUGUUACUGGGAGGUUGAGAGAAGCAGUGGGGGAAUUUUAGUAGCUGUUGCAUACAAAGACAUUAGCAGAACUGGGGAUGAGAGUGGAUUCGGAAACAACGACAAGUCUUGGGCAUUAGGAUGUUUUGACUUUAAUUACUAUUUCAGACAUAACAAUAUGAAAACUUUACUCUCAGGCUCUCAGAUGCCCAAAAUUGGGGUGUUCCUGGAUCACAGGGCCGGUACGCUGUCAUUCUACGGCAUUUCUGAAGAAAUGAUUCUCCUUCACAAAGUCCAAACCAAAUUCAGUCAGCCGCUAUACGCCGGAGUCUCGGUUUACUGGGCUGGAGACACUGCUAAGUUGUGUAAACUAAAGUCAACUUGGUCAAAAGAGGUUGAUGGAUAA